ACCAUGUGGUAGUGAUAAGUGAUAAGAUAGUGUCGUGAGCAUUUUCCUUGCUUUUUUAUAUUAAAUGCAAAUAUGAACGGGAAAUUUAUUAGAUCCACUCACAAGUUCUUAGUUAAUGUUUGCUCUACUAAUGUUGAACGUGGAAUGAAACAUUGCCUUAACUUUUCUACCCACAGUCCAAAAGAUGAGUUAGGUGAAGCUCGGCACAUUGUUCGAAGACAGUCAGUUUUUCAAGAUAUUAAAACAAAAAUUUUGAUCAAAGGGCCUUUAACGGUUGCUGAGUAUAUGAAGUCAAUCUUAACUGAUCCAAUCGGAGGUUAUUACAUGCAUUCGGAUGUUUUCGGUGGAAAAGGAGAUUUCACAACCUCACCCGAAAUCAGUCAGUUAUUUGGUGAGAUGAUAGCUGUCUGGCUCCUAAGCGAAUGGCAAAAAUUGGGCUGUCCAAAACCAUUUCAAAUCGUCGAGCUUGGCCCUGGAAGAGGCACAAUGUUGGAUGACAUACUGAGGGUUUUCCGAAAGUUUGGUGCAAACAAGGACAUGUCUGUGCGACUUGUGGAAGUCAGCCCACAUUUAAGUCAACUGCAGGGAAAGUUGCUGUGCCAAAGUGUAGAGCGCUGCAACACAAAUACAGAUAUCCAUUAUCAAAAAGGUCUCAUGAAAGAUUCUGUUCCUGUUUUCUGGUAUAAUUCACUUCAAGAUGUUCCUCAUCAAUUUUCUCUAGUCGUCGCCCAUGAAUUCUUCGAUGCCUUACCUAUUCACAAAUUUCAAAAAACUGAAAAUGGCUGGCGAGAAAUACUGAUUGAUAUAGAUGGAUCUAGUGAGGAUAAACUACGGUUCAUCAUCUCAAGGAAUGAAACACCAGCUUGCAAGAUGUUUAUCACACCAGCUGAAAAACGUGACCACUUUGAAGUAAGUCCUGAGAGUGGUGUUAUUAUGGAUUAUCUUGCUACUUUUUUAAGGAGGAAGGGUGGAAUCGUCUUAGUAGCAGAUUAUGGUCAUGAUGGUGAUGGCAAAGAUACGUUUCGGGCCUACAAAAAUCAUAAACAAAUCCACCCUCUGGAAUCGCCAGGAUCUGCUGACCUGACUGCAGAUGUAGACUUUGCAUACCUCCGAUCAGUUGUUGGGGAAGGAAGAGUCAUCAGUUAUGGUCCUGUAACUCAACGAGAUUUUUUGCAGAGAAUGGGAAUCGACAUUCGAUGCGAGAUAUUGAAAAAAAGGAGCCAAAAUGAUUCAGAUAAAGAAGCGUUGGAAUCAGGUCUAAAAAUGCUAACUGACGAAGAUCAAAUGGGCGUACGGUUUAAAUUUCAAUCAUUUUUUCCAGCAGUUCUCAAGGAUUAUUUUGAAAAAAAUCCUGUGUCUGGGUUUUUCAGCAAUCAGUGAUCAAUUUUACAUUUUUUUUAUCUCUACUUGUCUACAAAAGUAUUUUUUAAAUAUUGAUGUUGCUUUAACACAUCGACUACCCUGUCAGCUUGUAGAGUUACCAGUGAAUUGUCUCAUGGCCCCAUAAGGCAACAGAAACGAUAUAAGGAAGUGGGACGGUGAAAAUCAUAGACGACAUGUCUACUUUGUGGUGUUCCAAAAUCUCUGUUCCCAUUUUAUUUUUUCAAAGGAGAACUAAUCAACAUCAUUCCUUGAAGUUUCCACAGAAUUUACUUUCCACAGCACAAAAAUCAUGGAAGUUUUUAAGAAUUGAUGUAGAACAGUUUUCCAUCUAAAAAAUAAAUUAUGACAGAAAGUCUGCAACAUUGCAAACUGUGAUACAUGGUUUCAGAACAUCAUUGUCUUAUGGUAAGUUAACACCAGCAGAAAACUGGUAAGAAAUGCAGAAAGUGUAUUGAGACAAUAGUGAUACAGUUUUGGGACACCAAAGUAAUAAUCAGCAGGAUGACAGAUAGUGUCAGUGGAGUUCUAGAAGCUACCAAACUGUGGCUUAAAAGAUGCUCAUCCCAAAAUGACAGUAUCGGCCAAAUGACAUCAGAGAAUAAGAAAGUCUUGGCAGUUAAUAUGUUAACGUCCAAAGUCCCCAUGACGGGAUGGUUUGCUUAAAAUUUUCUGGUUUCAGUCCCUGCUGCAAGGAAAUUUGUCAGAAAUUUUUCAUUCCUCAGAUUUUGGUAGCAAUCUGCUUUGGACGAAUAAAGGAGGCAAACCGUGCUUUUCAAUGCAUCGGGUCUCAGGAAUAAGUUGAGAGAUCUAACCCAGAUCUCUGAGGGUGUAAUGAUUCACAAACUUUUGCUAUAGAGCCACUUAACUAUUUAGGGAGACUAUCAUUUAAUUGAAUGCAACGGAGCAUUCAAUUAGGCACCCCACAGGGAUAUUAUUUAAAUGUAUUUCCCAUGACAACCAUUCAGAAUUACUCAAUUCAAUUUGAGAAAUUCUGUGAUGAGGACGGAGCCUUUGGAUGAAAAUUGUUAACGGAAGAUUUCAAGUGUGAGGCAGUCAAGUAAUAUUUGUAUCAAGAAUAUACCUAGUUCUAAGUAAAACUUUCCUGCCUGAAUUGUUUUAUAAAUUUCCUUGUUGAGUAGUUUUGUACUUUUUGUCAACCUGUGAUCACAGAAUAAAUGUUCCUUUGGUUACCUAC